AUAAUAAAAAUUAUACCGGUGAUAAUUCUGCUUCACCGUCACUAUGCUCUCCUUGCUUGUUCCUCUUGCUCUGUCCACGUGCCGGCUUGUCUGACAUUUUCUGAUCUCGUAAGAUUUAGUUGGACGAUUCACACAGACACGCACAUAGACACACGCACACGGCCCUCACUAACACCUAUCCAUGUUGUAUUAUCGGCCUCCAAUGAGACACUGCUCUUGCUGAAUCCCCCACUCGCCGCCACUUGCUCACUGAUUAGGCUGAGGCCGGCCGCCCACAGAUAGCGCCACCGUCCGGCUCUGAUCAAUACCAGCACCUGGUUACUUGUAAACAGGACUACUGUUACUAUUCCAGAAGGUUCUGUUGAGGACAAAGGUUUGGUUCGUCGCAUGCUGUGCUAGUCAAGAUGAUUAUCCCAGUGCGAUGUUUUACUUGUGGUAAAGUUAUUGGCAAUAAAUGGGAAUCAUAUUUAGGCCUUCUUCAGGCUGAAUAUACAGAAGGUGACGCUCUUGAUGCUCUAGGACUUAAACGUUACUGCUGUCGACGUAUGCUUCUUGGCCAUGUGGAUCUUAUUGAAAAACUUCUUAAUUAUGCUCCUCUUGAAAAAUAGUUUUAUUUUUUCUUAAGUUACUUUUAUCAAUAUAUUAAAAAGAAAAUGAUUUAAUGUAAAUAAAUUUGUUAUUUAAGCUUUUUGAAAAAAUUUCUUUUA